AUGAAUCGACUCAGACUCCUCAGGAAUUUGACACUACCUAAAUUGUUUACCAGGAUCAGUUGUUUGACCUUGCCUUAUUUAAUCUAUCAUACCUAUCGAAAUAGGUCUGUUCAUUGUUCCAGUGAAAUUCGACAAAUGAAUUAAUCAAACUUUGUUCAAAAUGUCCUUGGGAAUCGCAAAGAUUAUUUCUUCCUGGUCAUCUACAAAGAUGAACUCGAUGGAGGGUAUGGCGAAAAAGAAGCCAUUGAAGUGGCCAAGAAAUUGUAAUAAAUAGCAGAUAAACUAUAAAUUGAUUGUCAUGUUUACACUGUAUCCAGGCCCUCUUUGAAAUCUAUCACUAAAUUAGUCAAUAGCGUUAAAAAUAUAAAGAUAUAUGAGGAGGAUGAAUAUUAGAAAAUUGAUAUAUUUUUUAAAACUCCACAUUCAGAUGAUUAUGUUUACUUUCCUUUUAAAAAACACAACUUUUAUCAAGAAAAUAAUAUAGAUAAAAUUUUAACACGUGUUUCGAGAUUUAUUGAUAUGUACUAAACUGUUACAACAAAGGAAUAGUUCGAAUCAAUUAUUUUAGAAAGCUAUUAUUAAUUAGACUCUCCUGUUUUCAUUAAGUCUAAUAGCCAAGAUUCUAAACUCAAAUUAUUUAAGAAAACAUCCUUCUAAUUUUUAGAUAAAAAAACAGUUGAUUAAAACUCCAAAUUCCUCAUUAUAGAAAAUAAAGAACUAUGCCAAGAAUUGAAUCUAAAAGAUGAUGAUAUUCUAUUGUUUAGAAAUGACAUCUUGUAAAAAUACUAAAACUGCAUUAUCAAUGAAAAAAAUUAAAUAAUACCCCAAUUGAUAAAUAAAUAGCAGGUGGGCAAUUUAAAAUAUGAAUCAUUUAAUGAAUGGAAAUAAUAAAAUAGCAAACUUGAAUCAAAUACAGUUACUGAUAGAAAGUAAUAAAAGAACCAAUUUACUUUUGAACUUUAAUAAUUUAGUUUACCUAGAGUCUUCUAUUUGAAGAAUAGUAGAAAGUGUAAUAUAGCAGCAUUUAUAAGAAAAAUUCAAAAUCAUAAAAACCAAAAUGAUAAAUUAGUGGUCAGUUUACAAUUAGAUCCUAAACAUUAAAAUAGAUUAGAUAAUCAUAUUAGGAUAUCUUUAUUUUUCAGACUUUACGAGAAGUAUAAGGACAAAUUAGAAUUUGUGAUAUCAGCAACGAAUUAAUUAGAAGAAUUGUUGCCUCACUUAAACAAAUUUUAAAGCAGAUUUGUUCUCUUUAAUAUUUUUAAUUCUAUAUCUUAUUCAAGAUAGUUAUUUCCACAAACGGCCAAACUGUAUGAAAAGUAUUUCCUAAAAGACAUAUAAUUCGUAGAACGAUUCGAGGUAAUUGAUUAACAAUUAAAUAAUCUUCUCCAAUAAUCUUCUGAGGAGAGAAUACAUAAUAUUGAUUACUUAUCUCAGGAUCUUGAUAAGAUUUAAGAAAUCAACUUAGAUUAUUUUAAUUUCCUUAAUAGCAAUUAAAACAAUAGAAAGCAAAUCAUUUUAUACUAUUAGAAUGAUGCCAUGACAGAUGUAUUACUUACUAUUUUGAAGGACAUAAAAACAAAUUUAAACAUAUAUACGAUAUCUAGUUUAAAUUAGAUUCCAGCACUCUAUUCAAAUUUUCCAAAUUAAAAUGUGUUGAUAUUAAAUGGCACAGCUAUAGGGUUUCCAAAGACCACUGAUACAAAUUUAAAUGAUUUAAGAGUUGAAAUAGAGAAGUUUAUGAAAUAAUAUUUAUGA